AUGAUUGGUCACCGGUUGUUCAGAGGAUCCAUUCUUGAUUGCUUCCAUGAUGGCAUGCCUGUGAUUAGCCAUUCUCUCCCUAAAGGUGGUUAUCGUUUUCCCCACAUAAAACAGGGAACAGGGGCAAAAAGGAAUGUACACCACACAGGUGCUGUUGCACGACAACCUAUGUCGAAUUUUGAAUCUCCUGUUGACUUUAACCAUAUCUCCUUCUGGUAUGAUUCUCUAGGAUCCGUCCUGACCAGGAUAUCACGAAUAUUCCUAGCUCUUCGGUACACCAUUCGUGGAGGUCCUGGAGGUCAAAUCAUUGUAAUGAAUAACCACAGCAAUGUUUAUGAAUUUAUUUUCAUUCCAUUUCCUCCAAUUUGUGAAUUAGAGAUUGUACUAUUUAUUAUGUUUCUUCUCAUCUAUAUUGUUAUAAUUACUGGUAAUUUGACAAUAAUAAUAUUAGUAUACUGGGAUUCAAAACUUUAUUCACCCAUGUAUUUUUUCCUGGGAAAUAUAUCUUUUUUGGAAAUGAGUAUAUCAACAGUUGUAAUACCAAAACUUCUAUCCACCCUUUUGUCCAAUACAAAAUCAAUAUCCUACGCUGGCUGUUUUAUGCAAUGUUACUUUUAUUUUCUCUUGGGGACCAUAGAUUUUUUUGUCUUGGCAGCUAUGUCCAUCGAUCGAUAUAUAGCUAUUUGCAAUCCCUUACAAUAUGUAACCAUUAUGACUUGGAAUAAAUGUUUUUAUCUGGUUCUUGCAUCAUGGAUGGUAGGAAUAUUUUUUGUCACACCUGCUGCAGUUGUCAAAGCCAUGUUACCUUUCUGUGGUAUUAAUGUAAUCAAUCAUUUCUUCUGUGACUCUUCACUUCUGAUUAAACUUGCCUGUAUUGACACUCAACUUUUAGAGAUGAUUGACUUCUUCAUGUAUUCGUUUGUGAUUUUAGGAUCUUUCAUUGUUACAAUUGUGUCAUAUACUGUAAUUGUCAUAACUGUACUUAAAAUCCCAUCAGUAACUGGGCGCCAGAAAAUGUUCUCCACGUGUGCAUCACAUCUGUUUUUAGUAUGUCUAGGUUAUGGUGGCACUAUAUUUCUGUAUGUGAUCCCAAAACAAAAGGCUUUAAUAAGUAUCAAUAAAAUGGUUAGCAUGAUAACAGUAUUUGUGACCCCUAUCUUAAGUCCCUUUGUUUUCACACUACGUAAUGAAAGAGUAAAAAUAGCAUUAGUGAAUUUGCUUUUUAAAGAAAGCCAUCAGUAA